UGGAAGAGAUGCAGCUCUCCAACAUGCAUCCUGCUCUGCUGGCGCUGACAGCCUCUCUGCUCGCCACGGCGGCGGCUCAGUCUCACGACCACCAUGACAUGUCCUGGGUCAACGGCUACCGCCAGGGCUUCAACUUCCAGUGUCCGCACAGAGAAGUUCUCGUGGCCACCAGGAGCUUCUUCAGCGUGGAGGACGGCGCUGACCGCUUGUGGUCGUUUGAGUGCCAGCCCACACCGGAGGGUCUGGGGGAGCCCAGCGACUGCUGGUGGGACGACAUCAACCGAGCCGGCAUGGAGUGGACUUCUACAUGCACUCGUAACGGGCUGGUGGCCGGCGUCCAGAGCAAGUACUUUGAGUCGGUUCUGGACCGGGAAUGGCAGUUCUACUGCUGCUACUACAAACGCAGAUGCCCCUACUCCUGCAUGAAGACGAGCGACAUUCCCGAAAACUUCAGAGAGGAGGCGGAGCUCGUGGUUCCUUCUUACGGGUACUUCAUCCGAGGAGCUCAGACCACCUUCAGCGGCGUGUUAAGAGAUCGGCAGUGGAAGUACAUCCUGUGCAGAAUGACGGACUUUGACUGUGAAUUUGAAAAUGUAUAGACUCGUAAUCCUCAUUAUUUCCAACCAGUAAACCAUUUGAACUCAUAUUUACGCUCACAUUUAAACAAAAAGCCAUAUGUACACACCUUGUACCCCUCUGGUGCAUGUGAGCAGAGCUUCCUGAGCUUCUCCUGGUUAUAUCAUGUAACUGUGUGAAAUACCAUUAAAACUUUUCUUGACUGC